AGAUGAAUGCAAUACUCGAAUCUCCAGUUGAAGCUCUUGCUUUCAAUUACUGGAGCUUCGAUGUCGCCAACAUUGUUUGGACAUGGGUUGCUGCUGCGGUUAGUUUCUGGAAGAUGAAAGCAUCUUCUUCAACGCGGUUGCCCACACCUCCAGAGCCAACGUUGGUAACAGUAGCAUUAGCUUCAUCUUCAUCGCAGGUAGAAUUAAUGCUACUAUCAAAAGAGACAACGCCAGCUAGUAAUAAUAUGACAAUGUUGUCCGAUGAUGCUUUUUCGGAAGGAACAAAAGGGAAACUGACGGUGUAUUUUAACGUCAGCGAUGAUGAUGAUGAUGAUGAUGAGGAAGGAGAAGACGACCACAACGGCGUAGAGUGGUUUGAGAAUAAUUGGGAGAAAUUGAGAAAAGGGGAAAUGGGAUGGUAUUGUUACCAGGAUAUGAAGGUAAUUAACGGCAACAUAGUUAGAUUGUGGGACGGACAGACGGAAUUAAGCACAAAAAACUGUUAG